UGUUUAAGAAGUCUGUGAAAUGUUAACCACCGCCCUUCUUACUUUUUACUGGUUUUUACUUUUUUGUAACUUUAUAAACAAAAAAUUAAAGCAUUUAAAAUCUACCCCUCACUUUCCACUAGUCAUUUACAAAUCUUAAAAUUUGUAUCAUAUAUUUUUUUAAGUUGAGCGCCCGUUUUAAGAGAUCUUCGUUGUCUAUUAAUAGUUUGGAAAUUAAGUUACAUCGACGCGAUUUAUUAAGUGUUAAUUGUUUCAUUACAAACCGCCUAAAAUGGUUAAUUUAAGUUCCUUAUUGAUGCUAACUCUUAUACAAUUGUAUAUCUUUGUUAGUGCAGUAAACUCGUUAGAAUGUUACGUUUGCAAAAACCAAGAAGACAACUCCGAAAAAUGUGUUAAAACUAUUGUGACCUGUGAAUAUAAUCAAGAUGUUUGUUUGACUGAGAUCAAGUGGGGCAGUACACCAUACUGGUCUCAAGGUGCUAAAAAGCAAUAUUAUGUGUCUAAGAGAUGUUCUAAUAAAACAGAAUGUGCUAUGACAAGACAGCGCUAUAUGCCUUUGUGUACUUACAUUUGGUAUCAGGACUGGGUAUGUUCAGAUUGUUGCCAAGGAGAUCGCUGUAAUUAUUAUAUUAUUAAUGAUGGGUCAAGUCAGAAACCCCUAAAUAUCAUGCUACUUUUUGGGGUAGUUUUUACCAUUAUUUAUGGUAUCAGCAAAUAUUAGCAUAUGCAUUUUUAUAUAAUUUAAGUGAGCUUUUGCACAAAAUAAAAUUAUUUUUGUAUAACAGCUAUAUUGUAUAACAAUUAUUAGAACAGUGAUGUUUUCACAUUGAUGAAUAUCACUUGCAUACUGAUGUAAUUUGACAAGAUAUUAUUGUUUGAGGGUAAAGUUUGUCAGCACUGUGCAUUUGAGUACUCUUGGUUAUAUACCUGCUGGGGUGAUAGUUAAGCAAUUCUUAAUUUUAAGUUUUUGUAAGCAAUUCCGUCCCAAUACUAUUAAUAAUGAUCUAUUGUCAUAUUAAGCACUUAAUUUUUCU